AUGGCGGACACAAAAAGCCCGGGCUUUUUGGGAGCUGGUGGCGCCGUAUGGAAGGGCAGCAGCGCCGCCGUGGAGGAGACAGAUGAUCUGCCAGCUAUCUUCCAGAAGAAAUUCGGCAUGGUGGCGGCGUCGCCGCCGUUGGACUGGGAGUGGGACCCUGCUGCUGCAUUAGCAAGAGCUCGCCAUGAGUUCGGAGAGCAUGGCGGAGUGAACAUGUCCAUCGAGGCCUCCGCGACCUUCACCGUCAUGGAGCCGGAGACCAUGCGCCGCAUGUUCGCCGGCGAGCUCGGCCCUGAUCGCGACUUCUUCAUCUACAGCCGUCACUUUAAUCCCACCGUCUUAAACCUCGGCCGUCUGAUGGCCGCCCUUGAAGGCACAGAGGCCGCCUACUGCACCGCCAGUGGCAUGUCGGCAAUCUCGUCGGUGCUGCUGCAGCUUUGCAGCUCCGGCGGGCACAUAGUGGCUUCCACGGCCUUGUACGGCGGAACCCACGCCCUGUUGACCCACUUCCUUCCCAGGGCCUGCAACAUCACCACCACAUUUGUGAACAUCGGUGAUGUGUCCGCCGUGAAGAAUGCCAUCGUGGAGGGCAAAACCAAAGCGCUGUUCUUCGAGGCCAUAUCGAAUCCCACUCUGACGGUGGCCAACAUACCGGAGCUGAGUAGGAUGGCUCACGACAAGGGAGUGAAAGUGGUGGUGGACAACACAUUCACCCCCAUGGUGCUUUCACCGGCUCGUCUUGGGGCCGACGUGGUGGUUCAUAGUAUCACCAAGUUCAUCAGCGGUGCGGCCGACAUAAUCGCAGGGGCUGUGUGUGGACCAGCAUGGUUUGUGAAUUCGAUGAUGGAUCUGCACCAAGGGGCUCUCAUGCUUCUGGGUCCGACUAUGAACCCCAAGGUGGCGUUCGAGCUUUCUGAAAGAAUCCCACACCUGGGCCUUCGCAUGAAGGAACACUGUGCCAGAGCUCUGGCCUUCGCCACCAGGCUGAAGAAACUGGGCCUGAGGGUGAUCUACCCAGGAUUGGAAGACCACCCGCAGCAUCAUCUUCUGAAGUCGAUGGCCAACAAGGAGUAUGGCUAUGGCGGACUUUUCUGCGUGGACAUGGAAACAGAGGAGAGGGCCAACCGCUUCAUGAACAUCCUGCAGAACCAUGCUCAGUUCGGCUUUAUUGCCGUUAGCUUGGGGUACUACGAGACCCUCAUGUCGUGCUCUGGAAGCAGUACGAGUAGUGAGCUGAGUUCUGAGGAACAGAGCGUCGCCGGAAUCUCGCCGGGGCUGGUGAGGUUGUCUGUUGGAUAUGUGGGGACUUUGGAGCAGAGAUGGUCUCAGCUUGAAAAAGCAGUGUAUCUUCUUCAAGAACAUGGCCUCCUGAGCAAGAAUUGAAUCAUCCUUCUUCUUCUUCCUCCUCCUUCUCAUCGAUACCCAGGGCCUCCAGUUUGGUAUAACGUAUAAAAUAAGGGUAUGAUAACCCGGAGAUAAGGCCCGUUUGGUAUAAAAUAUUAUACGCUAUAAAAUAAACUGAGUGACGUGUGAUGAUAUGACGCCGAACGGCACUGGAAUACCUCCCAUCCCAUGCACUAUGGAACCAGAUUUAGAACUCAUCAUCUCGGUGAGUACUCUGUUAGAAUAGCCAAGUUUCCCCUUUUUUUUUUUUUUUUUUAGUGUGUAGAUGAAAAUUAUUGAGGACGGAUUGGUGUGGCGUCUCCUGCGUCCCUUGUGCAUGCGAUUAUUGCCGCGGCGCAUA